AUGGACAAUUUCAAGAAACAAUUAAUAGAUUCCACCGCUGAAGAGAAAAGAUUACAGGAAAACAAGAAGCAUGAAAAAUAUUGGUAUCGUUGGGGUCCUUAUUUGAGUGAAAGAGCUUGGGCCACCGUUCGUGAAGAUUAUUCCCAAUCGGGUGAUGCUUGGAACCAUUUCCCUUUUGAACAUGCAAAUGCACGUUUGUUUAGAUGGGGGGAGGAUGGUUUAUUUGGUGUGUCAGAUAAUAGGCAAUUGGUUUGUAUGAAUUUAGCUCUUUGGAAUGGUAAAGAUGAAAGGUUGAAGGAAAGAUUAUUUGGUUUAACUGGUCAUCAGGGAAAUCAUGGAGAGGAUGUUAAGGAAUUGUAUUAUUAUUUGGAUAAUACUCCAACUCAUUCUUAUAUGAAAGCUUUGUAUAAGUACCCUUUCGCGAAGCCAUUCCCUUACGAAGAAUUGGUCAGUGAAAACUCCAGGCGAGGUUAUAAUGAUAAAGAAUUCGAAAUAUAUGAUAUUGAUGGGUUAUUUGCCAAAACCAAUGGUAGUGGUGAAGUUAUUGAUACGCCCUAUUUUGAUGUCUUCUUUGAAAUGGCAAAGGAUGAAAAAAAUCCAGAUGAAUUGAAUUUUAGAAUCACAGUUUAUAAUAGAUCUAAAUUAGAAACCGGUGAAUUGUAUGUCAUGCCCCAGAUAUUUUUCAGAAAUAUAUGGGAUUUUAACCCAACAUGUCAUAAACCCCAUUUGGAAAGAGCUACCGAUUUAGAAAAUUUAAUUAAUGUUACUACUGAAAAAUUCGGAACUAAUCAAAUUAUUUUCCAACCAUCACCAGAUCCAACAACGUCAGCAUUGACUUCUGAUUCCAAAAAGGAUGAUAUUGAUCCUUACUUAUUAUUUACUGAGAAUGAACCAAAUUUGAAGAAAUUAUUUGGAAACGAUCAGAAGAAUCCAGCUCCCUACUGUAAAGAUGCUUUUGAAGAAUUCAUCGUUCACAAGAAUAUGGAAAAUACAGUUAAUGAUAAAAACAAAGGUACCAAAGCAUGUGCUGUAUACCAUUUUAAGGAGAUUCCACCGGGGCAAUACGUUACCGUUAGAUACAAAUUCACCAACGAUUCAAGAAAUACAAUUGCUCGUUCAGGAAACCUUUCUGUGUUUGAUGAAGACCAAUUUGACACAGUCUUUGACAAUCGUAAAGAGGAAGCCGAUAAUUUUUAUUGGAGAAUCAAUCCAACCACUAGCGAUGGAGAAUUACAAAAUAUUCAAAGACAAGCGUUUGCAAGUUUACUAUGGUCCAAACAAUUUUAUAAUUUGACUUUUGAUGAAUGGUAUAAGGGAGAUCCAGCUAUAUUACCUACACCUCCUCCAGAUAGGGCCAAUGGAAGAAAUAAAAAUUGGAAACACCUUUACAUUGAAGAUAUUCUGUCCAUGCCAGAUAAAUGGGAAUACCCAUUUUUUGCCUCUUGGGACACAGCAUUCCAUUGUAUUCCCCUGGCCAUGAUUGAUCCAGAGUUUGCCAAAAAGCAGUUGGAUUUACUAACAAGAGAAUGGUAUAUGCAUCCUAAUGGUCAAAUCCCGGCUUAUGAGUGGAACUUUAAUGAUGUCAAUCCUCCAGUACAUGCGUGGUCCGUAUAUCGUGUGUUUAAGAUUGAGCAAACAAUGUAUAAUCGAGAAGAUCGUAAAUUCUUAGAAAGAGUCUUCCAGAAAUUAUUAUUAAAUUUCACCUGGUGGGUUAAUCGUAAAGAUGAGCAAGGGAAGAAUAUAUUCGAAGGUGGAUUUUUAGGGUUGGACAACAUUGGAAUCUUUAACAGAUCUGAGCCUUUGCCCACUGGUGGGACUUUAGAACAAGCCGAUUCAACUGGUUGGAUGGCAUUCUUUUCUUUACAAAUGUUGAAUAUUGCCUUAGAGUUGGCAAAGACUAACUCAUCCUAUGAAGAUAUUGCAUCCAAAUUUUUUGAACAUUUCAUCUUAAUCAGUGACACAAUGUCGUUUGAAUAUUCUGUGGAUUCCGCACAUGGGUUUACCAAAGUUAUUAAACAAAACCUAUGGAAUGAACAGGAUAAAUUUUAUUACGAUGCUAUCUCUUGGGGUGGACCUUACAAACAACAACUACCUGUGAGGUCAUUAGUAGGUUUGAUUCCAUUGUAUGCAUCAAUGACUUUGGAUUCAAGUUUGGUGAAGCGUUUCCCAAAUUUCAAGAAAAGAGUCGAUUGGUUUAUCAAUAACAAACCAGAAAUAUUUGGUAGAAACGUUGCUGCACUAUCCACUGAGUAUGUUGGUGAUAGAGUAUUAUUAUCAUUGGUGACCAAGGAACGAUUAUCAUCCAUCCUGUCUAGGAUGUUAAAUGAAAAUGAGUUCUUGUCUCCUCAUGGUAUUAGGUCCCUUUCUAAAUAUCAUGCUCAGCAUCCAUUUGAAAUGAAUGUUAAUGGACAAAAUUUUUGCGUUAAGUAUUUGCCAGGUGAAUCAGAUUCAGGAAUGUUUGGUGGUAAUUCCAAUUGGAGAGGUCCUAUUUGGUUUUCAACAAGUUUUUUGAUUAUUGAGGCAUUGCAAAGAUUCUACUUGUAUUAUGGAUCGGAAUUUCAAGUGGAAUGUCCUGUGGGUUCCGGCAAUUUUUUAAAUUUGGCUGAGGUUGGUGAAGAAUUAGCUAAACGUAUGAUUAGUUUGUUUGUCCCAGACAAAUCAAAUAAUGAUGAGCGUGCCAUUUAUUUUGGUGAGCAUGCGAAAUUUCUCUCUACUGAUUCUCAUUUUAAAGAUUAUAUUACAUUUUACGAAUACUUUGAUGGUGAUACAGGUAGAGGUCUUGGUGCAUCUCAUCAAUGUGGUUGGACUGCUCUGGUGGCAAAAUGGAUUAAUGAUGUUGCUGAAUGCAAGAAAACUAAAGCAUUGACGUCGACUAGCAAUGAAAAAAUUGAAGCAGAUGGUAUUCCCAAAUUGAAAUCCCAAUCCUUACGUAAAAGCAGUAAAUCUUUAGUAAAUGUUACUGCUACAAGAUUAGAAGUUAGAGAAGACAAGAAUAUCGAAGUGACAACCUACGUCGGCGCCAGUGAAUCUCAUAUAUCGGAGACCGAAGUCAUAAAGAAAUUAAAGGACAAACUGAAAGCACUUUCGGUUGUUGAAACAAAGGAUGAAGAUUUGACUUGUAAGCAUGAUUCCGAGUUAUCUUGUCACAUUUAA